AUGCAGGCCAUCGUCACGCAACCACCACAACAACCCGCCUACGGGGCUGUUCCUCUCCGUCGUAAGCCCGUAGCAAAUCCCGGCAUCGCUGUGCGGCCCCCGCCUCACCAAUACGACACAAUUCAGCCAGGCCACUCGCGGACGCGCACCACCAGCUCGGGUGUCUUUCCCACUCAAUCGCCCACGACUGCCAGUAUGAAUUCGCAAUACCCAACCCAGUACCAGACAAGCCUCCGCCGGACGCCCACGUCGUCGACCAGCUCUACUACGGGCACCCCUAACCGCUCCAACAGCGGCACCUUGCGCCGCUCCUCAUCCACGCGUUCCGGAGGCAAUUCGCCCACCUCAUAUGUUGCCCUGAUGCGGAAACAAAAGGCCACGGUCUGGUGUGACCGAGCCCAGUACGAAGACCCACGCAUGCUCGCACAGCAACGGCAGGCCAAGAUGCGCGCAAACAUGGAGGUCGCAGGCGGGCCACACCACGUUCCCCCGCGGAGUGCGUCGGGAGGGUCCAGCAUGGCAGGCGGCGUGCGAUCCAAGAUUGGCCGUCACCACGGCCUGCCAAAAGCGUCACUCUACGCACCAGUGACGUAUGCUGGAUCCGGUGUGCCCAUGCGCCUGAGUGCCUCGGAAGUCGACGAGGGCGACGACGAAGACGCAGGCUCGGUCAAGAACGGAGGCCAGUACCACCACCGCACCGGCUCAGGCCGCAGCUCCCUGGGCUCCGGACGCCGCAUGUCUUACGCAAACCCCGCCGGCCGCAUAUCUUCCAACAGCACACCACCGCAGAAUUCGGAUGGCGAGCUUGGCGAUCUCAAAGAAGAGCCUACACCUUCGCCAGCCGAGUACGACGUCAAUGCUCCCAACGACAACAGCUACUUUCACAAAACAAAAACAAAUCUCAGUACCGGUAGCGGAAGUAGUGGGGAAAGAAACUUUGGCGAUGUGGGUCAGAUGCCCGCCCCAGGUAUGCUGAAGCCGCCCGUGACAGAGAAGAAGGGCAGUAAAGACGAUCUGGUGAGAAGAGGAAGUGUGGACGAGAGAACUAUGACCAUGGGAACGCGCCUCUUUGUUGCAAAUCCUGACCUCAGUGACUAG